AAGUCUCCUUACUACAACAUAAACAAGCAUACUUAAGUUAUUAUACAUUAUAGUAUAUAUAUUUCACUUAAGGGGCUAAAAAGCUUCAAUAUAGAUAGUGUCAUGGCACCAAGAACUUUUUCCUUAACCUUAAUGGUUAUUUUGUUUUUUGCUGUUUGUUUUCUUAAAGUAACAACUUCUAGAGCCUUCAAUUCUCAGAAUUACUAUGAUGCACUUGAGAAAUCUAUCCUCUUUUUCGAGGGACAACGCUCGGGGAGACUUCCCCAGAGCCAGCGCCUCACAUGGAGGGGUAACUCUGGCAUGUCUGAUGGCGCUUCUUUCCAUGUGGACCUAGUAGGAGGCUACUACGAUGCAGGGGAUAAUGUAAAGUUUGGUUUGCCAAUGGCCUUUACAACCACAAUGUUGGCAUGGAGUGUUAUAGAGUUCGGUAGCUCGAUGCAUGACCAGCUUUCGAACGCCAAGGCUGCCAUCCGCUGGAGCACUGAUUACCUUCUUAAGGCUACAGCCACUCCUGGCACUAUAUAUGUUCAAGUGGGAGAUCCAAACCAGGACCACAGAUGUUGGGAAAGACCAGAAGACAUGGAUACGCCACGAAAUGUAUACAAAGUGUCUACACAAAAUCCAGGAUCUGAAGUAGCAGCAGAAACAGCAGCUGCAUUAGCUUCAGCUUCAAUAGUUUUCAAGGAUUCUGAUCCUUCCUACUCCAGUGAAUUACUCCAUAGAGCUAUUCAGGUGUUUGAUUUUGCAGAUACUUACAGAGGUUCUUACAGUGACUCCUUGAAUUCUGUUGUCUGCCCUUUUUACUGCUCCUACUCUGGGUAUCAUGAUGAACUUCUAUGGGGUGCAGCAUGGAUUUUUAAGGCUUCUGGACAGUCUGCAUACUUGUCAUACAUACAGUCUAAUGGCCACAUAUUGGGUGCUGAUGAAGAUGAUUUCUCUUUCAGUUGGGAUGAUAAAAAAGCGGGAACUAAAGUCCUUCUUUCCAAGGACUUUCUGCAGGAAAGAACAAAUGAAUUUCAGAUUUAUAAGGCACAUGCAGAUAACUUCAUAUGUUCCUUAAUUCCAGGAGCAAAUGAUUAUUCGGCUCAAUACACUCCUGGAGGGCUCUUAUUCAAACAAAGUGACAGCAAUCUCCAAUAUGUUACAACAACCUCUUUUCUCUUAUUAACAUAUGCCAAGUACCUUGGUUCAAAUGGGAACAUAACUUCAUGUGGUUCCACAGUUAUUUCAGCAAACAAACUGAUUUCCCUUGCUAGACAACAAGUUGACUAUAUUUUGGGAGAUAACCCUGAAAAAAUGUCUUACAUGGUAGGAUUUGGGGACAAAUACCCAUUACAUGUUCAUCAUAGAGGCUCAUCCCUUCCAUCAGUACACGCCCACCCUGCUCGUAUUGCUUGCAAUGAUGGGUUCCAAUACCUUCAAUCCGGAUCACCUAACCCGAAUACCCUUGUCGGAGCUAUAUUGGGUGGCCCGGAUUUUAGUGAUAGGUUUUCAGAUGAUAGAAAUAACUAUAGGCAAUCUGAGCCAGCUACUUAUAUCAAUGCACCUUUUGUUGGUGCUCUUGCCUUCUUCUCAGCUGAAAAUCCAAGACAUAAAUAUUAGCUUAGUCAGUACUCUCCGUCUCUUUGAAUAUGCUACACAACAUCCUAAAAGCUUUAAAAUUUGCGUUAUGUAAUAAAUUCAACGAUUGACGUGGGUCAGGUUUCAAUAGUAUUUGUGUUGGAUGAUCAUUCAAAAUUGGAUGUAAGAAAAUUGAUCAUUCCUAGUUUUUUAAGUUAUAUAGGAGUAGAAAAUUGAUUUUAUUUAUGCAUUUCUAUCAUUGUGAAGUAGCAUUUAAGCCUCCCUGAUAUCCAAUGUUGUCAUGUUUCUCUAAGAUUUUUCUUUUAUAUAUCAUUUAAUGUGGUUUAUAUGCAAUUAAAUAGCAACAAUAUAGUAGGCUUGGGAA